AUGCCGGUCAUUGCAGCGUCCGGGAAACAUCGUCGAAAAGUUCGCUUCUCUUCGACCGCGCAAACGCCCGCGACAGGCAAAUCAGACGCCAGAAGCUCCAGACCCAGUCUACAGACCAACGGCCGCUCCUCGCCUGCAGUUCAUUACCGGAAUCACCCAUUAGUCAAACAGCAGCGCAGCACCACUGCUACCAUGACUGAGACCGAGGCCCAGCCCGGGAUCCCGCCGCUCUUUACGGAGCUGCCUCAGAUCCGAGAUUCGCUCGCCACCGAGACAACGGACCUUCAGAAUGAAACCGUCUCCAAAUGCCUGCCAUUCCUCGCUGGCACUCAGAGCAGCCAACGCGGGACGCUGAAUCGAUUCGGCGUGCCGGCCCUCAAACGCGACGACCAUAUCGCCUUCCUCUAUGACUCCCUAGAGGACUACCCCGGCUCCUUCGUCGGCCUGGAUGCCAGUCGUCCUUGGCUGGUCUACUGGGCCUUGGCGGGCUUGUGUCUACUGGAGGAGGACACCAGUAAAUUCAACUAUCGCGUGACGUCUACCUUCAAAUCGAUGCAGAAUCCCACGGGUGGGUUUGGAGGUGGACAUGGCCAGAUGUCCCAUUGCGCGUCCAGCUAUGCUGCCGUGCUGUCUCUUGCCAUGGUGGGCGGCCAGGAGGCCUUCCAAUUGAUUGAUCGAAACGCAAUGUGGAGAUGGCUCGGGAGAUUAAAGCAGGCCGACGGCGGCUUCAGGGUCUGCGAGGGCGGGGAAGAGGACGUGCGCGGCGCUUACUGCGCAAUGGUCAUUAUAUCUCUGCUUGAUCUACCCCUGACACUUCCCCCUGACGCCGAAGCUCGACAAUACGGACUGGAGUCCUUCACAAGCGGCCUUUCUGAGUAUCUUGCAAGAUGCCAAACGUUUGAAGGAGGUAUUUCCGGGAGUCCCGGAGCAGAGGCGCAUGGUGCUUAUGCGUUCUGCGCUUUGGCAUGUCUAUGCAUCUUGGGAAAGCCCGAGGUGACCAUAGCCAGAUGCAUGGACGUCCCUUUGCUCCUGUCCUGGCUCUCGGCCAGGCAGUAUGCUCCCGAAGGAGGGUUCGCGGGACGGACUAAUAAACUGGUGGAUGGAUGUUACAGCCACUGGGUCGGAAGUUGCUGGCCGCUGCUCCAGUCCGCGCUAGACGGUACCCAACCGGCUGCAUCCCCGAAGCAGACCACUGGCAGUCUCUACAGUCGAGAAGGAUUGACCAGGUACAUCCUCUCCUGCUGUCAGUCUAAGAACGGGGGACUCCGAGAUAAGCCCGGGAAGCACCCGGAUUCGUACCACACAUGUUACACACUCACGGGGUUGAGUAUGGCGCAAUACUAUCAUUACCACACGGACACUAGCACCAGCUCGAAGGAUGAGUUUGCGUCGGCAUUCUCAUGGAAGUACUCUCACGUUGACGCCUCGAACGGACCGGCUGACAGCGUCCUGGACAAGCGAGACCGAUUGAUAGCCGUCCACCCCCUCUACGUGAUCCCGCACCAGGCCGCCAAGGAGAUGCGCGCUUGGUACGAGCAUCAACCGUUUGAGACCUAGAAACGCCUCAUUCCAAGAAGGUCAAGAAUUGAAGGAUUGGCUCUAGCUCAGGUAACCCGGAAGUUGUGUAGUAGACCGGGGUGAUGUUUUGUAUCAUAUUGGUAGACCUCCUCCCGUUGGGAACUUCUCUUAUUCGUAACCCAACCACGAGGCAGCUCAUGACUAGUGACCAUCUGGAUAAAGCAAGAAGCAAGGGAUUGAUAUGGCGAUGCGAGUACCGUCAUUCAUUCUCUCUUUCUACAACCAUGUAGUCAGCCGAAUGACUUCAUCGCUGCCCUGUGUUGUCAUGCCAUUUGGUUGGCGGACUGUGCAGGCUUUGCUUUUUCCGUCUUUUUCAGGGGGAUUUUCAUCGACGCCGGCGAUUUCCCCUCAGUCCAUCUAGCAGUCAAUCCAUCCAUCCAUCGGCACCAUGCACUUCCAUCCACUGUUGAGUCAUUACGACCAUCUCAAUUCCUCUAAUAGACAGCGACAGGAAAAGAAAAAUCCCCUAGAAAUA